GCGCGGCCUUUACUGAUAAUCUGUCAGCCCCUGAGCCAGUUGAUAUAAUACGGGAUCGGGAUGAUCAGCAAGAUAACUUUUUGAUGGCUGUUUGCAGGCUUUAUUACCCCCCCCCCCAAGUUCAACUGACAAUGUCACAAAAACCUGCAUUUCAAUGGUCAAAAGUGACUAAAAGAAAUGGUCCGAGUUUGUUUUUGUCAAUAGAGGGCGUUGUGUACUGUGUAAGACUGUAGGUCAAAGUUUAGGGGUGUACCCUAUCGCUCCACAAUAAUACAAUCCCCUUGGCAAAGGGAAUUUAAACGGUUGUGAAGCUUUAAUUGGGAAUUUCCCUCCAGUAUGUGGAACUUUUGUCACGCUUAACCACGUGCCUCUGGUGAAAUAGUCUUCAUUUAAUGCUCAUACAGGCAUGUGGAAUGAAAUUGCAGGGUUUUCCAGCUGAUAGUUGGCUAAAGAUCGGCUAGCAAGAUGAGAUAUUCUGAACAAGAACUGUAUCGCAUGGCUUGUUCGGCCGCGACGGAAGCUACCAUGCAAGGGCGGCUAUUGUACAAAGGGAUACAGCAGGGCAAACUACGAACUGUCCGUGAAUUACAGGGCCAGGCCUUCAGAGAAAGAGAGAUCCGCCUUCAGGGUAACUUCCUGUUUUACUACAGGCCAGCAGAGGACAGGCGAACGCCAGAGCCCCUUGGAGCUCUUCUCUUGGAGCGCUACACAGUCCAGCGAGAAAUGGACGCAGAGAAAGGCUUCCUCUUUUCAAUAGCAUUUCAGGAAGACAGAGAGAGAAAGCACUUCUUCUUGGCACCAACAGCUCAGGCCUGUGACCAGUGGGUGCUGGCGAUACGCAAUGCCAGCUACGAACAACUCAAGGCCACUUGGAUCAUGCUUCGUAACAAAGUCAAGAGGUUACGAGACAUGCAACAAUCCACUGAAACUCAGCAGCAGCAGUUCCUGCAGCAACAGCAACUUCCUGCACCUACCAGACCACCAGCAACAAGACUUACACUGGCCCGACCUCCGCCACCAAGACCGCCCCCACCCCAGCUGACUGCCCUUCAGCCCAGGAGGAAUGCCCCUCCUCCCCCUGCCAACACCACUGCCCCGGCCACCACCAGUACUCCGCAGGAACCGGCAGAGGGACUCCUCAUCGACAUUUCCUAAAAGCCAGAAACUCGCCCCGAGGCAUUCUGACACACACACACCAUACAUCCUGUGCGCUCUAGGCAAGAACACUCGGGACAACUGUGUGAUUAGCAUAUAUUGAUUGACCACCUGUUUGCCUACUUGCUACCCAUUUCCCAAUCGAUGCAAGAUGGGUGCUUGAGUUGCCAAUUAACAACAAAGUGCCUACAGCAGUGUCAAUUCAAGAGGAAUGUUAACAGCUUUCAAGAUUAUUUUAUCAGAAAUAGACAGAAAGGAAAAAAGAAACAAGAGAAAAAAAUACUGUUCUAACUGGGUACACGAAAAGAACCUCCAUCAAAAGACAGCAGCUUAAACAUGCUGGCAAAAAUAUAUUGGCUGUAAGACAUUGGCCUUGACUUCCAGUUCCAUCCUAUUCAACAGUGCUGCUCCUCAGGUUUUCCCUCAAAACUUUUUGAAAGCUGCAACUCACCCGCCAUUUUUAGCAUUCUGCAUCAACUCCGCACUAAUGUCUCGUUUCUAUAUGGACAUAAAGAGAUGUAGAGAGCAUCAUGGAACAGUCACUGAUGGUACACAUUUGAUCAUGACUGCCUGCAUCAAGAUGUUUGAGUAGGCAAACCAUGUUUGUACUGUAGAGGACUUUCAUACGACGUAACUAUGGGCACGGACAUUACAGGAAGUGUACCAUGUCCAUGGAGGCACGUGCAUUUUCAAACCUGUUUCUAUUGGCAAUUUCAUGUACCCCAGAAUGUUGAGAGACUUCGAAGGCACGCGUUUCUGUGAACAUCUGUGUAAAUCUGUGUAAAACUUACGUGACUGAAAAUCCACUGAGGAAAUCAACACGGAGGACAGUAAGCUGUGUGAAGUACUGUCACUCUUUUUGUUGGUAUUUCUGAUCCCAUCAGUGGAAAUGCUGACCGCAGCGACUCAGACCAAAUUCAGGUAUUAACCGAACGGUGUUUGUGUAAAUUGUUCACAAGAAACUUGUGUGAUGAUGCCUUGUGUUAAUAACAUCAAAUAGCAACAGGUUUGCGGCGCAUUUCAAAUAGUGGCAUUUUUCAUUAAAAUUAACUUCACUUGUACUUCACUGGAACAUAAUUAAUAAUGGAGAGGGUGCUAUAUAAAUGUAAAUGAUUACUAUUAUUCUUAUAACUGGAGAACUUGAGAAUACUUUAAACAGUUUGUCUUUAAAAUAUGGAGAUACAAGAAGUCACAGUUCAUCACGACUAUAUUUUAAGAUGUACUCAAUCCACAAUAAAGAUGAGUGACGAAAACGGGUAGUUUGAACCAACAAAACAGGGGUGAGAUUGGAGGAAAAUGGAAUAUUCACCAGAGGUUUUGAGGGCCCCAGACCAUGCAGUGUAAGGUCUACGGUGUAUCAACUUGUAUAGGUAAAAGACCACAGUGGUUAACUCAGGAUUUUCCAGAUUUUAAGAUAUUAUUUCAAGGCCUGAAUUCAGGAAAAUCCUCAUGGAAAAAAAAAUCCAGAUAUCAAGAAAAAUCCUGGUAAAUCUCACCCCUUAUUUAAUGCUUCCACCUUGUAGAUAUGUACAUGUAGAUGAAGAGUACAUUCUAUUUAAUGCUGCACCAUGACUUCCAGAAUAAUGUACAAUAUUGCAAGAAUUCGUGGUGUAAGGGGAGAAUCCCUACUUGAGAUGUAUGCUGUGCUGCUGGGGAAAGUGAUAUGCGUAGUUCAUUUGACUGUAAAUAACAAGAAAUACUGUUAUCACCAAGGUGGUGGUGUGUUCAGCAGGCAAUACCUUGCCUUAAUCCUCAAUUCCUAUCUACUCAGUAGUAUCAGAUUGAAAUGAAUGUUUGUAAUGAAAAAUGUGUUUAAUUUGCUUGGGUGCCACCUCUUGUAGCAUAUUUAGAGAACUGUGUGACUGAUACAGUUCGUCACACAGUUCAUUUUGGUGCGAUUACGAAUACAUGUACAUGAUUUGGACAAAGGAAACCAAAGUGAUGCUUGGCUUACGUUGUCUGAAACCAGUUUAUUCACGGUUUGCAUUACUGACCAAUGGCUACUGGGCAUUAAAUACAGAUUGAACAACUGAUACAACCAAAAUAAAACCGAAGCUGUCCCAAUUGUUAAAAAGACAGAACUGAAAGUCAGAAAUAAAUAGUACAAUACGUUUUCAGUGAGAAUUUAAGACCGAUACUGAAAAAGGGUUUUGUAUUACUAAGAUUGCAUGCAAGCCGUUUGGAUGGCUUCCGUGACCCAUUGGCGACGUGAAAUACAUGCACAUGUUGUCAAUAAUGACACAUUGCCCUGAAUAUGACCGUACAGAAUAUGACCGUACAGUUCACGUCGACCGACAUCCAUUGAAACUUGUCAGUCGGGACCCUUUGGUGUAUUGGAUGGAAGUGGGACAUCAUCUACCUGAUGUAAUAUCUUCACAAAACUGUAAGGAACUACCGGCAUCCGGACCCUGGGGGGG